AUGAAUCACUCAAAAUACGGCGACAUCUCCCAGGAUAUGUCCAGUGAAGACGUGGCCUUGUAUUCACUGACCUCCCUUGUGUUUACUUUGGUGAAUAACUCUUGCGUCUCAACAGGCGUAGGCCUUUUCGGGAUGAUAGCCAACGCCCUCAACAUGGCCGUCUUCUACAGGCAAGGUCUGAGCAGCUCCAUCAACAUCAGCUUCUUCUUCAUCUCCAUUUCUGACACGUUCACCAUCCUCUUCAUCCAAUGGGCCAACAUCUGCUUCAACCCCUACAUCGACAACACCAGGGCGCCGCUGUUUUACGCCGAGCUCUACUACAUCACCGGGGGCUGGCCGUCCGGUUUGUGUUGCCGGAUCACGCUGUACAUAACAGUCUACGUCACGACUGAGAGAUGUCUCUGCAUACUGUUUCCGUUGAAGAUUAAAAAUAUGAUGACCCCGACGAGAACAAAAGCGAUUAUCGCUUUUAUUUGUGUAUUUAACGCGGUCACUCUGGUUCCGGAGUAUUCAUCUAUUUACUUGGACUGGUAUUUUAACAAGGUGAGAAAUGAAACAAUACUAGGGGUUGCUUUCAGGAGCAACAGAGACCAGACCCAAGGGGUCACGUGGCUGCUUCAUGUCGUGCUGACAGUGGUUGGUCUCUUCAGCGUCAUCGUGCUGACGUCGGUGCUCGUCAUCCACCUGCGGCGCCAGACGAAAUGGCGGAUGAAGAACAGCGCGGAGAACAAGCUCCGGCCCACCUUGACCUCACGUGACCGGAAGUCGGUGGUCCUCGUGGUCGCGGUGGCUACCUUCGUGGUCAUCUCCUACAUUCCGUUGACGUCCGUGUCCCUGGUCACUGUCUUUGUGUCCGAGUUCUACAUAGGAGGGAAACUGUUUCAAAUAUUUCGUGACACCUGGGCGAUGAUCAUGCUGGUCGGGAUGACCAACGCCAGCGCAAAUAUUUUUAUCUACUACGGAAUGAUUUCCAAAUAUAGACAGACCUUCAGGGAAUUGUUGUGCAAAAAGCAAUGA